AUGUCUCUGGUGGAUUGGUCCCGUGAAGCUAUGAAGGAAGCCAAGAUCGUGUUCUUGGGUCUAGAUAACGUAGGGAAGACCACCCUGCUUCGCCUGUUGAAGGGUGAGGUACCUCCCCCGACUUCAGAGGAGCUGUAUAUAGGGAAGAUAAAUUUCAGAGCUUUGGACUUGGGUGGUCGCCAGAUCGCUCACAGAGUCUGGCCGGACUACUACGCUAUGGUGGAUGCAAUGGUAUAUGUGGUGGACGCCUGCGAUAAGGAGAGGUUUGCAGAAUCAAAGACGGAGCUCAAUGCCCUCCUUUCACAUGAAGCUCUUGCUAAGCUGCCUUUCCUUGUGCUCGGGAACAAGAUGGAUAUCCCACAUGCAGCUUCGGAGGAUGAGCUGCGGUAUCAUCUCGGGCUCACCGGCUUGACGACUGGCAAAGGGAAAGUGAAUCUUGCAGAUCAGACCAUUAGGCCCCUUGAGGUGUUCACAUGCAGCGUCAUCCGCAAGAUGGGCUAUGGCGAAGGGUUCAAGUGGAUGUCGCAGUACAUCAGUUAG